AUGAAGCAAGAAGCCGAUGAAUGUUGGCUAAUUUCAUACACCAACCGCGAUGGCGGUAAUCGCGAAGAGCUAUACACUCUGUUAAAGAAGCAAUUGAUGAAAAAUCACACAAUUCACGACAUUGGUCUCUUCGACGUUCCAUUCGACCUCAGGUUCAAGGCUUUCGAUAACUUACUUUCGUGUGCCGAUGAAUUAGAAAAGGAAGACCAGACUGUUGAAUCGUCUUUAAAGCGGGCUAGGCAGUUGGCCAUGGACACUGACCCCAAAAUGGAGCUCAAGGUACACUACGAGGGCAGGCAGUUUACUUUAUCUAACUAUAUAACUCGAUUUUCCUGGGACGAUCGUAAAUUCCCCAAGUAUCUUCCAUUAUCUGAGAAUUUGAAGAAUUUAUCGCAACUCGUUAGUAAAUUAAUUGACGACUUAACUCUGAAGGCUGUGGCGUACAAUGAACUAAAGUUUAAGAAGAACGCAAUUUCUUCUAACAUGGAGGCCUCCAUUAUUUACAGGGACUUAACUUACGUUAUCACUCCCGACGUUGUGGAAGACCCCAAUGAUUUCACUGACACUGAGCACUUGACAACGGUCGUUGUUUAUGUUCCCGCGGGCUCGGAGAACGAUUUUCUCAACUCGUACAUGUCGUACUCAAAAUACAUAGUGCCCAACUCCGCUAAAAAGAUCAACGUGGCUUCCAGCAAUUUUACGCUCUGGCGCGUCGUUUUGUUUAAGUCCAGCUUAGAGAAGUUCAUGGAGUCCUGCAAAUCGAACAAUUUCAACGUCCAGAAGUUCAUUUACUCUGAGGAACGGUACAAACAGCUCCUGGAGGAGCAGUCUAAGAUGGAGGCUGACACUCGGAGGCAGCAGGCCUUCCUAUCGCGGAUUUACGACGUUGCACACUCCGACAUCUUCAUCUACUGGAUACACAUCAAGGCCAUGAGGAUUUUUUGCGAAAGUGUUCUCAAAUACGGCCUCCCAGUCCAGUUCACCUCUUUUUUUAUUUUCCCAGUUAGCUCCAAACAGGAACAACUACACAAGGUUCUAUCGGAGAUGCUGCCAAAAUAUUCCAAAGACGACUCAUCUAGUCAGAAAGAUAAGAACGACUCUCCUAAUAACAAAUUGGGCGAUUACACUUUUCUGCCGUACGUUUUUUUGAACUUCAGACUUGUCGGGUGA